AUGGGCUGGCUGUGGAACUCAAGUUCCCAAAAGGACACACCAAAAGAGGCGCCUGCGACGGCAACAAGCGUUCCCGAACCAACGCCUCAGAUUGCACCACCACCACCCAAACGACUGUCCCCAGACGAACAAGCCGACCUUGAAUUCAAGCAAAUCCUCGCAGAGCUCCAACAGGCAGAUGCCGAGCUGUCUGGUAACCAAAGACAAGGUCCAGAAUCAUUCAGUGGCUCAACCACCGCACCGGCCAAUCCCGACACCGGCGCACCGCUAGCACAGCCUGCCUCCUCCAUCGCCCCAGAAUCCCUUUACGCGGACAGCAUGUCCUGUCGAACAACCUUCGAUUACGCUUUCUUCUGCCAAUCAUUCGGUGGACAAUUCGUCAAUGUCUAUCGCUACGGCGAACUCCGGUCUUGCAGCGAGCAUUGGGAUAAUUUCUGGCUGUGUAUGAAAACUCGUGGAUGGUCGGACGACUUGCGCAGGAAAGCAAUCCGCGCGCAUAACCAAAAAAAGGCAAUCAAGUACAAGACUGGCCCCAGUAGUGAGGAUGUCUGGGAUGUCCGGCUGGAACCCGCCAAGAAUUCCUUCAAGGGCGAUUUUGCGGCCUUGGAGAAGGAGAUGAAAGCUGAGGAGGAGAUGAAACAAAAUGCUGCUUCAUGA